GAUGAAGGCGCUUUUGGUAUGCUGGCUGACAGUGGGCGUGGCAAGGUGCUCGCCCUCGCAAUAUACGAGCUAUCAGAACCAGAGGUUCGCAAUGGAGCCACAGGACCAGACAGCUGUUGUGGGUGCCCGUGUAACACUCCCCUGCCGUGUCAUCAACAAACAGGGCACACUGCAAUGGACCAAGGAUGACUUUGGCCUGGGCACAUCCCGGGAUCUGAGUGGAUUCGAACGUUAUGCCAUGGUCGGUAGCGAUGAGGAGGGCGACUAUUCGCUGGACAUCUAUCCGGUGAUGCUGGACGACGAUGCGAAGUAUCAGUGUCAGGUUAGUCCUGGACCUGAAGGACAACCGGCUAUACGUUCCACUUUCGCCGGAUUGACAGUUCUGGUGCCGCCGGAGGCACCAAAAAUCACACAGGGCGAUGUUAUCUAUGCCACCGAGGAUCGCAAGGUGGAGAUUGAAUGCGUAUCGAUAGGUGGCAAGCCCGCAGCGGAGAUUACAUGGAUUGAUGGCCUGGGCAACGUUCUAACGGAUAACAUUGAGUACACAGUUAUACCGCUGCCCGAUCUACGUCGCUAUACGGCCAAAUCGGUGCUGCGGCUCUCGCCCAAAAAGGAGCACCACAACACGAAUUUUACGUGCCAGGCACAGAACACGGCCGACCGCACCUAUCGCUCUGCCAAAAUACGUGUCGAGGUCAAAUACGCGCCCAAAGUCAAGGUGAAUGUCAUUGGCUCGUCAGCGGGAAACAGCUACGUUGGCCAACAAACUGGCGCCGUUCAGCGUAUUGUGGAGCAUGCACAGGUGCGACUCGAGUGUCGGGCCGAUGCGAACCCGAGUGAUGUCCGUUAUCGCUGGUACAUCAACGACGAGCCAAUUAUAAACGGUCAAAAAACUGAGAUGGUCAUACGCAAUGUAACGCGAAAAUUCCAUGAUGCAAUUGUCAAAUGCGAGGUACAGAAUUCCGUCGGCAAGAGCGAGGAUAGCGAAACGCUGGACAUUAGCUAUGCACCCAGUUUCAGGCAGCGUCCGCAAUCCAUGGAGGCGGAUGUGGGCAGCGUGGUGUCGCUGAAUUGCGAGGUGGAUAGCAAUCCACAGCCGGAGAUUUUCUGGAUACAGCAUCCAAGUGAUCGGGUCGUUGGCACCAGCUCCAAUCUGACCUUUAGUGUCAGCAACGAGACAGCCGGCAGAUACUACUGCAAGGCCAAUGUACCAGGCUAUGCUGAGAUCUCAGCGGAUGCAUAUGUCUAUCUGAAGGGCUCGCCCAGCAUUAGUUCACAGCGUUUCCAGUACGGUCUGGUUGGAGAUACGGCAAGGAUUGAGUGUUUUGCAAGCAGUGUGCCACGUGCUCGCCAUGUAUCCUGGACCUUCAAUGGGCAAGAGAUUAGCUCCGAGUCUGGACAUGACUACUCGAUACUUGUGGACGCAGUGCCGGGCGGGGUGAAGAGUACGCUCAUCAUACGCGACAGUCAGACCUAUCACUAUGGCAAAUACAAUUGCACUGUGGUGAACGACUAUGGCAACGAUGUGGCCGAGAUCCAACUGCAGGCAGAGAAGAGCGUAUCCGUGUUGAUGACGAUUGUGGUCGGCAUUUCGGGAGUGGCCAUUCUGAUGGUAUUGACCAUCAUCAUCCUCAUCUACUUUAAGUGCAAGAAGCGCACCAAGCUGCCUCCCGCCGACGUCAUUAGCGAGCAUCAGAUCACCAAGAAUGGAGGUGUCAGCUGCAAAAUGGAGCCAGGUGAUCGUACCUCCAACUACAGCGAUCUCAAGGUGGACAUUUCCGGUGGUUAUGUUCCGUACGGAGAUUACAGCACACACUACAGUCCACCGCCACAGUAUCUGACAUCCUGUUCGACCAAGUCCAAUGGCAGCUCCACCAUCCUGCAGAAUAACCAUCAGAAUCAACUGCAGCAACAGCAACAACACCAGCAACAUCAUCACCAGCAACAACAACAGCAACAACAGCAGCAACAAACUGCCGUUCAAAGUGUGCCCAUGACCUUUCUGACCAACAGCAGUGGUGGAAGUCUGACCGGCAGCAUAAUUGGAGCACGUGAAAUACGCCAGGAGAAUGGCUUGCCCAGUCUACAGUCGACAACGGCCUCGGUAGUCAGCUCCUCGCCAAAUGGAAGCUGCAGUAAUCAGAGUACAGCAACCACCACUCACGUUGUGGUGCCCAGCUCGAUGGCCUUGAGUGUGGAUCCGCGAUACAGCGCCAUCUAUGGUAAUCCGUAUCUGCGCACAUCUAACUCCUCGCUACUGCCCCCUCCGACGGCUGUCUAAGCAGCUGAAGAAGUGAGGAAUCUCUGUUAGGUCUCCGCCUGUAGCCCCGCCCAUUUACCACAGAACACACUCGUAAGACUGAUCUCAAGGCCGAAUGAAAAGAUAUAGGGCUAACGUUGGGCGCCAGACAGUCGUUGGGCGCCAUAGCACACUGUGUUUUCGUGGCGCUGAGGUAAGGUAAGGUAAGAAGAGACCUUUCAAACUUUUUAGCAACCAAAAAUUCGCAUUGUGUAACUUAAAGAUUAAGCAUUCGUUUAAAUGAGCUCAUGCCACGUCUUAUUAGGCAGCAUUUAUGUUAACUAGGCUAACCAUAUUCUAGGUAUAAGCUAGUAGAACUACCAGCUGCUCUAUAACUUAACU